UCCGUUAAAACGAGCCCGGGCCCCUCAACUCUCCCCCACGUCCCUCGCCGCCGCGCCGCAUCGCCUGCCUCUCUACCACGCGGACAUCGCGCCGCCGCCGCCGCAGCAUUUAGUACUGGGCUAUGCCGUCAGCCGUCGUGGUCCGCCGCAUGCGCGAACGGUCGCAGUCGCCGCCGCCGCCGGCAGGGGAGUUCGAUUCCGCGCGGCGCACGAGGCCGCGGCUGGAGGAGGAGGGGGAGCGCGGCCGCGGCGGGAAGGGUCGGGCGGCUAAGCCGUCGUCGCCAGGAGGAGGGUCCGGUUCCGCGUCGCGCGAGUGGGUGCGGAUCGCGGAGGGGGAGGAGGACCGCGGUCGAGGUCGCGGCGGGAUGGAGGGGCGGGAGGGGACGGCGGCGGCGCUGCCCGAUGAUUUGCUGCUCGAGGUGUUCAAGAGGUUGCCGCCCGUGACCGACAUCGUCCGCUGCGCGGCGGUGUGUCGCCGCUGGCGGCUGCUCGUAUCCGGCGCCGGCGGGCUCCCCGCGCCGCCUCCGUACUUCGGGUUCUUCCGCAACUACGGCCCGUCCCCGCUGCCCCCGUUCGUCCCUACAGCCGGCGUCGGCCUCUACCUCGGCGCGCUCCCGGUGUCGCGGGCUUGCGGUGCCCUCCUUGUCGACUGCCGCGGCCGGCGCCUCCUCCUCCGCGAACUCGGCGCCGGGUCGGCGAGAGAGCUCAAGCUCCUCGUCUGCGAUCCGCUGAGGAAGACGUCCGUGCUCCUGCCCUCCCGCUUCGUCGCCGGGCACCAGGUGGCCUGCUGCGCGCUCCUACCUGGGGAAGGCACCGCGUUCCGCGUCGUCGUAGUGCUCUUCGGCGCUGCUCCCGCCCAUUUCGACAUCCUGGUUUACUCUUCCGCCGCCUCCGCAUGGGAGCCGGCCACCGGAGUUCUCGGCAAGUCCCUGAACCCUCGGCAAGGCCCGACGGUCGUCAUCGGCGACGUCGUGUACAAGCUUCAGAGCGAUGACAAGUACAUCAUGGCGGUCGACGCGGCCGAGAUGACGCUCUCGGCGGUGCCAUUGCCCAACACCGGGAUGCUCCUGUACUCCGGGAACCACUGGAUCGGUAAGACAGGGGAAGGCCGCCUCUGCUUCUUCGCUCUCCGGGAGCAGCUCGUUCUUGCGAAGUGGGUCCUCGAAUCGCCGGGGAAAUGGGUGGAGCGGCCGGCUGUGGACCUGCGGGUGCUGAUGGAGCCAGCCACCGUCGGCGACCUCUCCCUCAUGAAGCUUUCGGCGAAAAUCUCCGACCAGCUGCGCGGUUGCAAGCUCGUGAGCUUCGGUGGCUUCUGCGAGGGCACCGGCGCGCUGUUCUUCGUCAUGGCCGACUGGGUUGUGGCGCUGGACCUCACGACGCGGAAGUUUGUGAGGCUAUGGCGCAACACCGACGAGUUGAGGCCGCUCGGCGACGUUUUCCCGGUCGAGAUGAUGGUUUGGCCGCCGGCGCGCCUCAACGAUCUUUAGCAAGAUGGAACGAGGCAGAAGGUGUUCGACGAAAUGUCAGAUUGGUGAUCGGUUGGAUAGAAGGUGCUUUUGCUGUAGGCCUGUAGCGAUGGAAGGAUCACAAAUUCACAUCUCCGUUUUCUCAUUUGUUAAUUGCCACAAUUAUUAUUCAAAAAGUGAUUAACAGUGUGAAGCAUUUCACCUGAUCAUAUGGAAUCUUCUCAAGAUUUUUUUUUGUUUCACUUAGCUUUGGGACUUCUCGUUGUUGA